AGAUAGCGGCGCGCGCGCAUUGCAAGUUUAUCCGCGAGUGACCCGCACAUUGCCGGUACAGAUCUUAAAGAAGGUUAUUGUUUCCGGUCAUAGGCCUUUGAAUCGCAUUUAAUCAUUCGUAUUUUAGUGCGUUUCAGUGACUUUGUUGUGUUAAAGCGGAAUUUUCAGUGAAAAUGGAGAUCCUAAACAGGAUAGUGGAGGGAUACCACGAUCUGAUGGACAAUCAGAGUGACCCGAGAGUUAAGGACUGGUUCCUUAUGUCGUCACCUUUCCCGACACUUGCCAUCUGCCUCACAUACGUUUUCACAGUCAAAAUUUUGGGUCCAAAACUCAUGGAAAACAGAAAACCUUUCGAACUAAAGAACGUUCUUAUAUGGUACAACUUGUUCCAAGUUAUUUUUAGCUGCUGGCUCUUUAAUGAGAGUAUUGCCAGCGGCUGGUUCACCACGUACAGUUUUAGAUGCCAGCCCGUCGACUACUCACAAAAUCCACAUGCGUUGCGGAUAGCGAAUGGAUGUUGGUGGUACUAUAUCUCGAAAUUUACAGAAUUCUUCGAUACGAUCUUCUUCGUCAUGCGGAAGAAGUUUGACCACGUGUCGAAGCUGCAUGUCAUUCACCAUGGCAUUAUGCCGAUGUCCGUGUGGUUCGGAGUCAAGUUCACGCCAGGUGGUCACUCAACCUUCUUUGGCAUGCUCAAUACCUUCGUCCACAUAGUGAUGUACUCCUACUACCUACUUGCUGCACUCGGACCGAAAGUCCAGAAGUAUCUGUGGUGGAAGAAAUACCUCACUGCGCUGCAAAUGGUGCAAUUUGUAUUGGUGUUCCUACAUGCCUUCCAACUUCUGUUCAUCGACUGCGACUACCCUCGUGCCUUCGUGUGGUGGAUCGGCAUGCACGCUGUUCUCUUCUACUACCUAUUCUCUGACUUCUACAAACAAGCCUAUAUCAAGAAGGCAAAGAGUAUGAAGUUGAAAGAAAAGGAAAAGGUUGAAGUAGAGUCAUCGAAGGUCGAGGAGCCCAAAGAAAGGAAGCUUUCCAUCCUAAACGGCUUUAGCAAUGGCUCAGCGCUCGGUGACGUCCGGCAGAGGAUGGCGGGAGCGGUGGCCUCACAGUGAUCUUAGAAAUAACAAGUGCCAUGGUUAAGGUGGAAAAACCAGAGACCCUACUUCGUGUACGCGUCAAUUAUUAGACGGACAAAGUACAAAAGUGAAUCUCAAAUUUAAGUUUACACAAAUUAAGCUCAAUUAGUUAAAAGUGUUAGAUUUAGUUUAGUAGAAUAAAGUACAAGGCUAUUACGGCGCUGGAAAGAACAGGUUUAAACUCACUACAAUCAAGACGACCUUAUGAAAAUUUAUAAUUGAGGUAAUGGCGAAAUAAUGGGUACCUAAGUAUAAUCUAGAACUGGUAGCAGACUAGGUAAAGAGGUAACUUAAUAGUUAAACAAGAUAACACAAUAAGUACCUAUUUUUAAUGUAAAUACUAUAGUUAAGUUAUAUUAUAAAAAGUAAUAAGGGAGAUAUAGCUAAGUCUUCGUUAAAAUAAGUUUUUAUCAUUACGUGUUACAAAUUAAAGUCCCGCCGCGCUGAGUUGUCUCAAAAACUACUGUUUGGAUUUUCAUACGUUUUUCACCAAUAAAAAGAGGGAUUACCUAAGAAGGUAAAAAUACGUAGUUUUAAAAUUACACGGGGUUAAGAAUUUGUAUGUAACUUGAGACCUUGUAACGUUGAAACUGAAUAUUUAAACGGAAAUCGGGAAACCACAAACAAAGAUGAACUAUUUUCAAAAUUUUACUGAGUAUGAUUGAUUAGAAUUCAAGGAAGUGUUUGUGUGGAGCACACUCCGAAUAAACUUCUGUGGCUAAGAAGACUAAGACUUUUCCUAUUUCCUGGUACCAGUUUAUAGCAUUUCUCUUUGAUUCCCUUCGCAGGGUUCGUUGGGUUCCUCUCGCAGUACGCAGCGUGUGGUCAAUCCAAUCUCAUUUACGACGUUUUAUUUAAAUUCUUCAUUGUAGUCUGUUCCAAGUCUUUCCAGAAUCGAAAUAACAGAACUGACGUUAUCGGUAUGAUCAAUGAUGAACCGUGAUAAUUUACUAACCACUUGUCGAUUACGAUACUACUUAACGACAAGUUCUGUGUUAAAGCCAGAAAUUGACAAGGUUAUCGUAGUUCUUGCAGACAUUUUUAUAUUUUUUUUAUUGUUGCCUGGCAUGCAUUUCAAUGUAAUCUAGAUACAAUAUUUUGUAAAUAUUAGGCUCAAAGCAUAUCGGCGCAGGAACAAAGCGAAGCAGCUUGUCUUUUCAAAAGUGUCUCAAAAAACUGAUCUUUUAACUCAAAUAAUAAUAAUUAAUGUACCUAUCUAGCUACAUAUUAGUGUGAAACGAAUUCCUUACAAAUUACACUUAUUUACGCGCGCUUUGACGUGUCUUUUUCUACAAACGAUUUUAAAAUUCAGUAUGUUUUGGAACAUUUUAGAAAUGCGGGUCUGCGUAUGUGCCGUAUUAUUAUAAUAUUAUAUAAUACAUUGUUACAGGAUACCUGAUUGAACAGACCAAUAAAUUUCGUCACGUAUAAAUUAAUGAAUCACUGUUUUAAAUGAAGGCUAAACAAAUCAUAGUGAGUCAUCAUAACUAAUUGAACACCAAGCCAAAAAUAAUAUACAUUAGUUUAUCUUUUACUUACCUUUUAUACUAGGCGAUUUGAAAAUAAAAAGUGAUUUCUUCUUGCAUCUCAUUAGUUUUCUUUUGUGUCUUAUAAAGAAAAACUUGUUAGUACUUGUUCUCUCUUGUAUGAAUAGAAAAAUAUAGAAAUCUCUUGAUGCGAAUUCUCCUACACAAUAUAUGCACCUUAGUUGAAAACUAAACAAAACGAGUCUCAUUUUAUUUAUCUAUUCUGCCAUUUUCAUCUUCAAAGCAGGUAAAAUACUUGCUUUUCAUUGAGUUGUGAAAAGAGAAAAUAAAUAAAAUAUUGAAGACUCAAUCGAAUCUAAGUAUAUUAUUGUGAAAAUAGUAAUGUAAUCUCAGUAAGUAACUGAUGAUGCAAAAUACAUGUGCUCUAGUGAAUCAACCCCAUCGGAUUGCAUUAGCAUGUGCAUUGUAUAUUUCAUAUUAUUGCGUUUAACUCCAUUUCCAUCAAUAAAUUACGCAUGCAUUACGUGCGAUGCGUUAAUGAUAGGAUGUGCUUCGUACGCACUUAAAUAUGCAGUGUAAAUACCGCUUAUGCCGGCAUGAUACGCUACCGGGCAAAAAAAUACCAUAGAAGUGCUUAUCGUAACUUUUUUGUAAACAUUGUCUGUCUCAAUUAAGUAGGUAAAAAGUACAUGCUCUUUUUAUGAAAACCUUGCAAUUGGACUACCAGAAAAAUGGGCGUUUUUACCCGGUAGCGAUCAUGCAUGUUUAUUGUAUGGACGCGAGGAUUCAAAAUAUUUAAAAGAAAAGGCUUUUUGGUAUAAUUAGUACUUACUUUUUCACGUACAGAAGCCGGACGCAAUUAGAGAAAAACGAAUUGUGAAUGCAUUAAGGUCGCAAUUUGUAAGUACUUUGCAACCAUUUUCAAAUCCAGCUUGUAUCGCUGUUGACGCAUGUCGCCUCCUAGUGAAAAAGUCAUCAUCGUUUGUCCUAGUGUAACUUUUCAAGCUGUAUUUACGUAAGUUUGGAAGGAAAUUGAGAGAAAACUUUUCCGUUCCUUCUCCGUCUAUACUAAAUGACAGAUUUACGUAAAGUAUACGUUAGUUCAAAAGUUACACCAGCCAACCGAUUUGCUAACUUAGUGUAUAACACUGAACGAUAGCAACCGAGCUCAUUUGACGAUUUUUAAUCGAUUAAUGGUUAUCUACGAAAGAAAAAUUCAUAUCACUCAAUUUAGGAGAUUUAGCUGAUGAGUGCCCAGACAAACUUGCUGCCAAGAAAGUUAUAUUAGUAUAGAGCUGUAACUGCAAUUAGUUGUAUUAUAAUAACUAUUAUUAAGUAUUCAGCUAAAAUCUGUUCUAAUAGCGGUAUGUUGGAUUUUGUAAUGUUGAAAACAUUUAAAAUUUGUAAUUUGUGAUACUUAUUUAAAUAUUAUAAUGGAUAAUAUCAUA